AUGGCAGCUAAAUCAAGAGCCAUCCCCAUCGUGUUCCUGGUCUUUUGUGUUGUCUUUGCAGCUGCAGUUGACAGCGACGAGGUGCCUGCGUCGUUCGAUGUGCUGCUGCAGCUGCAGCCUGAGAAAGCUGCCAGGCUACGACUGCUUCACUCUUUGCACAGCCGUAUGCUUUGCAGCGGGGUUCCCUGGAGAUUACUGUGA